AUGCUACUAUCGGAAGAUGUUCCUGUACGAGGUCCCACAGUAGGAGCGGUGUGGGCAGCUGAUGUAUAUCGUAAGGAUGAGAUCGACCGAUAUCACUAUCCGGUCUUCCACCAGGUGGACGGCUUACGGCUCUUCUCAACUGCCGAGGCAUCCGAGGCCAUGGUGGUUCAAGACUUGCAAGAGACUCUUGAAGGUCCGCGGUGGGUGCAGUGGUUCGAUUGGUUGGAUUUCAUGCUCAUGUUCUACUGCUUGCUCACCUACUUAGGACUGAUAGAGUCUUUGUUCGGUGUGGGCGUUGACAUGCGGUGGGACUAUACGGUCACGUUUCCCUUCACGGACCCUAGUCUCGANNNNUGCAGUUUAGGAGAGUGUUGGAGAUGA